AUGUUUGGGGAAAUUUUUGGUCGCGAAUGCUUCCCACUUCCCACACAGCGAGAAUUGUUGCAAACACAAAACUUUCAGUUGGGCACGAUGGGAAAAGGUCAACUCUUGUUCAAAGGCGACAAAAGCAAGAAGAAAAAGAGGAAAUCGAAGCAUUCGAAGAAGGAUGAAGAUUCCUCAACUUCGACUGUGGUAGCUAGCAAGAAACCACAAUCCCUUGAUGCUCCAUCUCUAUCUGCUCCUGUCAACCCUGAAAUUCCAUCAUCAUCCAAGGCCAAUUCUGGAGCGAUGCCAACCGUGAAAAAGGGAACUGGAAAAAUCACAACUUCGGGAACAGUUGUAACUGGAUACGACACUAGAUUCAUGAAGGAGGUAUCGAAUGGGGACGCCAUUAUGUGCAAUGUCAAAGGACAAGACGAGCUCCGUGUCAUUACCAUCCGAUUGUCCGACCAGUCAUUGAAUCUCUCAUCAGCCUUUAGCGAGAGCUUGAAACAUCCCGUCUCCUUUCAGUAUAUCCGCAAGCCACGGGAUGUGGCCAAAGAAAAGAAGGAUGCUUUAAAGAAGCAAAAGGAAGCCAAGCAAGACCUUCAACAACAUGCCUUCGACCUGUACUCUGGCAACGGUGCGUUAGUGUAUCGAGAAAAGACAGAGACUGGAUCGUAUCGAAUUAAGCGACAAGAAGUGAGUGAUGCCAACUCGAGAGGAGAUCUGCUACAUAUGCGUGCGAAGAAAACGAGCGACAAGUACUGCUAA